AUGAGAGAAGUGGUGGUGGUUAUGGUGUUCCUCGUGGUGGUCGCCAUGACGGUUUCAGUAACGGAGAUUCAGAGGAUGGCGACCGCCCACGUCGGCCAUAUGAACGCCAUAGCGGGACAGGGUGUGGGCUGGAAUUGGAAUUCAAUUCCAUUCCAACUUGCAAAUGAGAAUGAGUUCAAACGCGAGGGUGCUGGUCGUGGGAACUGGGGAACGCAUGCUGACGAGAUUACUCAGGAGACUGAAGAAGUGGUGGUUGAAGGGGAGAAAAAUGUGGGCUCUGAUAAACCAUUGGCUGAAGAAGAGGCAACAAAUGAGAAAAAGGAGAAUGCUGCAAAUGAACUCGAGGAUAAGGAUGAGGAUAAGGAGAUGACUUUAGAAGAAUAUCAGAAGGUUCUAGAAGAGAAGAGGAAAGCUCUGGAGGCACCUAAACAAACUCAGCAGAUCUUCCUCCAAACCACAAAAGGAGAGUUGGUAGCAGAGUAUAAAGGAAUCAUCCAAUCCAACUGCAUUGACUGUCUUGACCGCACAAAUGUUACCCAGAAUAUUGUCCUUUACUAG